AGUAGGCUUUCAAAAUUUUCGCUGCGUUCCAUUUAGUCGCUGUUUCCCUUGUUUACCCUAAAUAAGUUGAACUCCUGAGGCCAUUGAAUUGUAUAAACAUGCCCAGAUACGGACAACUUGUUAUUGGUCCAGCCGGUAGUGGCAAAUCUUCUUAUUGCACUACCAUUGUCCAUCAUUGCGAAGUUAUAAAGCGAACCAUACAUGUUAUUAACUUAGACCCUGCUGCAGAAAAAUUUGAUUAUCCAGUUGCAGCUGAUAUUCGCGAUCUUAUACAACUAGAGGAUGCUAUGGAAGAUGAAUCAUUGCAAUAUGGUCCAAAUGGUGGAUUAAUAUUCUGCAUGGAAUAUUUCGCGAAGAAUUUGGAUUGGUUAGAAGAGCAGUUAGGAGAGCAUGAAGACGAUUACUACCUCUUCGAUUGUCCAGGUCAAAUUGAAUUGUACAGUCAUAUUCCGGUAAUGAAGGAGCUCGUUACCAAAUUAGCCAAUAUGAAUUUUCGAAUGUGUUCCGUAUUCUUAAUAGAUUCUCAAUUUAUGGUCGAACCACUAAAAUAUGUGUCUGGGGUAAUGGCUGCUUUAUCGGCAAUGGUCAUUCUCGAAACAACACACGUAAAUUUAAUAACAAAAAUUGAUUUAUUAGAUAAACAUUCUAGAAGGGAAAUGGAAAGACUUUUAGACUCUGAUUUAAAAACUCUUGUUCAAGAGAAAUCCAACGAUAAAUUUAACGAGAAAUAUUCAAAAUUAUCCUGCGGAAUUGCCGAUAUCGUAAGUAGAAAAAAUAUAGUUACUUAUUGA